CUACGCCUCCCUCCCACACCACAGACAUCGCCUGAGCCAUUCGUGAUGGACGGGAUACGGCCGAAGCAGCCUUCCCCCGCCAAUCGUGAGUUGGCUCGGACGACUGACAUGGCCCACCUGCCAAGGCACACACGCGAGACACACACGUGAGCCCACCGGUGGGCAUUGCCUCGUGCCUCCAGUGCUCCCUCACGUACCUUCUGAAAAGUUGCCCGUAUCAGCCCGUCGCGGCCCAAGUGGUUGGAUGAGCAUGGCCGCCCCGUGGAGCACCGCGGAUUGGCAGCCGUCUCUUUCAGUGGCCUGUUGCUGCCGGCCUUGGAGAAGAACCAGUGGUCGGCCUUCUCACAGUACGACCACCUGCAGCACCCACACAACACACACCACGAGACGAGAGCCAGUAUUCACCCAUGUGCGUGUCGCCUGUGCAGUGCAUAUCCCAUCCGGACUGUCUCUGCUGCCCACCUGAGCUGCUCUUUCUCCUUGAUGGUUUUGACGGGCGUGAUGGCAUGGCACAGCAGUAGUCCCCCUGCACGCCACUCGCCACCUCGUCCAGCAAAUACAGGUGUCUGGGCACCGACACCCUCGCAGUUGGCCCUGGGCACCCACUCGGGCGCACUGGCGUCGAUGGUGCCCUGGUUGAUGGACACUGCAGGCAGCCAGAUGCGAGCCAUAAGAUGCUGUCGCCAAACAGCACCGGGUCGGCCCCCGCCCUCGCCCCGGCGGCUUUGUCCUUCCUGUCCUGCCCGAAUGUGGGCUUGUGUGACGGCUUGCUGGAGCCGUCGCGCUGUCCGGGCCAGUUCCACACGAGGCUGAGGUGUCCCAGCCAGUCGAGGUUGGCGAUCUCGGCGCUGCAUGGGAUGGACAUCCUGAAGCACUUGUCCCGCUCGGCCUUGAGGUCCGACUCGAGCUGGAUCUUGCCCCCAUAGGGCAGCAGGAGGCCCUGGAGCAUCCUGCUGCGGAUGUCCUCGGUGUAGUGGGCCGAGCUGCUGUUGGGGCCGGGUGCUCGGCUCCAGCUGCCAGAUGUAGCCGUGCAUGCGCUGGUAGUUCGAGUUGAAGAUCUGCUCGUCGGUCUCGAGAUGCACGGCGCGGUAGGACGGUAGCAGGCAGCGGUCCAGCAGCAAGGAAAGGGACAGGUAGGCCUCGGCCUGGGUGCGCAGAAAAAUGGUCGACUUGAACAAGUCAUGGUCCUCAUCCAAACCUAUGUAUGCAGGAGGGAGCCACACACCGAAGGGAAAGGUGGAUGUGAUGUGUGAGCUGAGGUCUCUCUCCCUGUAUGUGUGUGUGUGUGUGUCGUUGGUUUGCUUACCGACGGGUAUCAUUUCAUUGUCGACCUCUACGUUGAUCUCGUUCUCCCCUCCCGCCUCUUCCUCAGCUGGAACCGGUGCGGGUGACGCCGAUAUGGAAUCAGCCAAGUAUGCAGCUAGCUAAGCAGGCCGGGCACCGCUCUCCUUUUACCCACACACGCGGCCCCGGCACUAAAACUUAUCUGCCGC